UUUACGUACGUUACCUCGAGCCUAUACACUAUUUACCUGGCUAUCAAUUCACUAUUAUUGUGAAAUCCUAGUCUGCCGAGACUGGUGGCUCACACACGUACGCCAGCAACCCAGCAGAACGGAUCAAGAACCAGAAUUAUGUUUACCUUAAUUGAAGGUUUAAAGUAUGGGGCAGCAGCAGCGAUGGGUUUGUUUUCAGGAGGAGCAUUAUACAUUAAUGCAGUGGAGCACUACAGUCGGCGAUCUCUUCCCGUGGAGGCCCAGAGGCAACAGUGGGCAAACAGCUUCAACAUCGGCAAACUUACCAUGCCGUCUAUGGGCCUGAUAGGAGCGGGAUGUGGGACUGCAGUAUUUUUUUUCCUGGACGAAUCCGAGUACAAGUACUACUGGCUGGUUGGGCCCGCUCUGUUCUUCAUCGGGGGAAUAUUCUCGGUGACAAUGAUGCUGCCGGAGAUCAAUGUCCUCCUGGACAACGGAGUCGUCGAAAAGAAAGGUGCAGCCUGGGUCCGUGAUGCCAUAGAUCGAUGGAAUUAUCGUCAUAUGUUUAGGACCUUUAUUGAUUGCGCCGCCUACUUCCUAUACCUGUACCUUGCAAUGAAAUCAUAAACAUUGAGCUCAUAGACAAGUUCAUCUACGUUUAUAGGCACCUAGGCAGCUUCACUCUAUUUGGUACAAUGUCAGGACGGAUACAUACACGUGUAACUAUUUGAAGAUUAGUGUCAGAAGAUCCGGAGGGUUUAAAUGGAAAGAGAAAAGUUUUACGACAGAUACAGUUUAGUUUGUUCAUUUAAAAGAAUUUAUUGUCAGGCUAGAUACAGUAUAGGGAGGGAGUUUAUUCCACUCGGGUAAAGUUCGUGGGAAGAAACUUUUUAGUCUGAGUUUUGGAGAGAGAAAUUUGGAAGGAUAGCUCAUUUUCCAUGCCUGUCAGAGUCUGUUAGGUAACACAAGCCUUUACAUUUUACAAAAAUGGUAAAUAUCUCAUUGAUAUACAAGCAUUGAGUGAAUCAUGUAUUUAUGCAUAUAUUCAAUACAUGUGCAUUUACUUAAGACUUUGUAAUUAUUAGUAGAAGUGAUAAAUAAAAGUAUAGAUUUUUUAUUUAUUUUUUAAAUAUCAAUGUUAAUGUACCUAGUUUAAGUAUGGAAGUCCGUCUAAGAGUUUAAAUGACAUGUUUUGUUCAGCUUUAUCUUCUUCUUUUGCUAAAUUCUUUUUUUUUCUCAAUUUCAACCAGAUUCAGUAAGACACCAGUAAUACCUACUCCUUUUGUACCUAUCAUUUUAUAGAUCAAUGCUUCUAUCCGGGGAGAGUUGUGUCUGUGAUGCUAUUGAUAGAUUCAAAUUUUGUUAUUUUUCAUUAAGGACAAUCAUGUAGUGCCACCUACUUCCUGUUUCUAUACAUAUCAAGGAAGCAGAAAUAAUUUACUUAGUCCUAAUACUUUUCCCAUACUAUUUUGAUUACCAUGAAGGUAAAAAGUGCAAAUGUUAAUUUACAUACUUAGAUUUAUACAGUCAUACACUAUUUGACUUAAUUCUAUUAGUCACAUUCAUGAAAUGUAUAAAAACAUAAGGUUUUUACUAUUUGUGGUUAAGUUGAAAUUUUAAGAAUCUAAAAAUUAAAGAAAAUCAAUAUUUAGAGUGUGUU